UUGUUCUUUAACGUCUUAACGUCGCGUUAGAACAUUGGGGGAAGUUUCUGACCAUGGUGUACGUUAUAUUUAUUUUUUUCGUGUAAGUUAUUAUAGAAAGCCAUGUGUCUGUCUCAGUAUAUCUGCAGGUCAAUAUGCAGUGGAGAAGACACAUUAGUGGUAUCGCCUUUAGCUUUGUUUUCGUUGUUUCGUAUUUCACGAAUAAGUUUGUCCUGUCUGUGUUAAAAUUCACCUAUCCAACCUUAUUUCAAGGAUGGCAAACACUUGUUGGAGCUCUCCUGCUUUUGCUGUCUGUAAAAUUCGGAUGGGUGGAGAUGAGCCGCAUCACAAGAUCGGCUGUUCUCUCCUGGCUUCCGGGCUCGUGCCUCUUUGUGGGAAACAUAUACGCUGGUUCCAGGGCCUUAUCCCGCAUAGACAUUCCGUUUUUCUUCACUCUUCAGAAUUCCUCUCAUGUUGUCAGCUGUAUUAUCAUGAAGAUCUUCCACAGAGAGAAGACAUCCUGGCUUCGAUUUAUCAGUAUAUGCUUUAUGCUUGUCUCAGCCAUCACCCUUCCCCUGUAUGACCCCAAGUUUGACUACAGCAGUUACUGGUGGGGUGUCUGUCAUCUGAUGUGCGUCGGUUCGUACAGGGCAUUUCAGGUUCAUUACAAGACCAAUAACAUGAGUGAUUUUGAGCAACAGUGCAUCAACUACUUGUUCAGUGUGCUGCUGCUUGCCCUGGCUGCUCACCCAACAGGUGACCUCACUGGUGCUCUGGAGUUUCCCUCUCUGCACUACAACCUAUUUCACUGUGGCUGCUGUGCCAGUGCCUUGCUGGGUUUUUUGUUACUGUUAACGACAGUUAAGCUCAAACGUGGCCUGUCCUUUAUGCACUUCAGGGUAUGGAUGUUAUUGUCGAAGGUAACUGCCAUGUUCCUCUCCCCGUUCAUCUUCGAUGUGGACAUGAACGCCCCUUCCAUAUUUUGCGUGGUCACCAGUCACCUUGGAGAGGCCCUGCUGGUGUAUUCAGACAGAGAUUCUCAACCCUGAAAAAGUUCCCAAUGAAACAGCCUUUGUAAAGAGAUUUUUUCUUUUUUUAAUACUUACUUUUGUAUUUGUAUUUUCAUUUCUACUGUGUGCUUAUGUAAUCGACAAACCAA